AUAUAUAUAUGUAUAUAUAUGCCACUAAAACAAGAAGAUCAUUAGUUCAUUAUAGGGCAAAUGCAAGUAAUGUUUAAAGUUUAUAACCAGAAAGGCUACUGUUCCUGAAUUUUUGGUUGUCUAACAAUAACAUCACUGGCUCUGGUUGACUCCGUUCAACGAUCCCUCACAUCACAUAAGAAAACACAUAGUAGCUAUAGUACGUACAAUUAUACAAACAAACAGCUAACUUUGGUCUGCAACGUUCAUUGCGUGCAAACCCCUGACCUGUAUUUUAUCAUUAUCCUAAUCAUAUGGGUAUGGUCCGCAUUACUCUUAACACUUGCAAGAUAGAAGUGGUGACACAUGCUGCCACGUAUAACCCUAUUUAUAUCAUUUCUUUAGUUACUACGCCAGUACUACUGCUAUUUUAAGACUCAUCCCGAGCUUUUCUCUUCAUCACCAAAUUCAUCAAAUUUGGCAUAAAACAGAGAGGAAAAAAAAAAAAAAACUCUAUUACCCGUGAAAUUUCGAUUAUUUUCAAAUGGCUAUCAUCGGUGAAGAACCGGUUCUCUCUAAACUAGAUCGAUUAGACAACGUGGUACAUCCGUUUCGUGAUGCCACUUUGAGGCAAUCUGGAAAUUUAAGGCAGUUACAGGAAAUGAGAGGUUGCAACAGGCCUUCCAGGAGCUCUUGCGCGUCGUCCACCCCAUCAAGUGGGACCUUGACCAGUACAGAGGGCCAUCCAUCAUCCAUUGGUUCCUCCCCAAGGAGCCUGGAGAAGCGCUGCCGUCCUAUUGAUCAUGUGAUGGCGGAGAUUCAGGUUAAAGGAACCCUCAUCGAGAGGCUGGACCAAGUAGAGGACCGUCUACUAAAGCUGUGUAUGCAGUUGGAGGAAGAAUUAGUAGCAGAGAAGAAGAGAGAAGAGAAUGUCGAUAUUGAGAAGAAGGCGCGCAAGAAGGGAAACAAACAACUGGUGAAACAAUGUGUUCAAGGGAAAGCACUCCCAACACAAAGCAAGGGCCAAGGAUCAAAACUUGAUGGGUGUUCUGUUUUGAUUUGUUUUAUUUUUACAUGGAUAAUAUUGGGCCGUGUGAGCACUAGUCCUUUAUUAUUUUUGCAUGCUUCCUACAUGGGCUUGUGAAAUUAGUCACCAACUAUAAUUGCGGCCUAUAUUUCUUUUACCCUUCAGCUCGACCGGCAUUGCCUAUUAUGCCUAUAAAUUAAGUUGUACCAAAAAAUUUUGCUUAUUAUGUUCCCUCAAUCAUAGUCCAAUUAGGUUUUUAAGUUUUUUCGAACUCCUUUUUUUUUUUUUUUAGAAAUAGAAAAUCAGUGGUCUAAUCGUCCAGGAUCAUGUGAUUGACAAGACGAAGAAACGUAAUUGUCCGUUCCAUUUGGUCAAUCCCUGUCUGUUUUCCGAUCCUUUCCCUGUAAUUGUGCCAAUCAAUAAAUGUAGUAUAAAAACAUGUAAAAUCUAAAAAGGAAAAGGCAACUUUUAUCUUGGACGGUUCUGUGGUGAUAGAAGUAUUCGAAUCACUUUGGUUCAAUGCAACGGUUCAGAUCAUCCCAUCUAGCCAGAGUUGGUACUUGAUGGCCCCAUCGAUUGAUGAUGAGUCCUUUGCUUAGAUGGAAAAUUGUCCUCGCAUAUGCAUCAUUAAAUUUUUUUUUUUGUUAGAUGAAUAACGUAUAUGUAUAUUAGUAGUAUUAUCCAUACAGCACUGAAUUCUUUUGGCUGUGAGAGCCAGAGAGGAAUCAUCCAGAAUUUUGAUAGAGUGAAGAUGCUAGAAAACAACACACCACAUUGAUCUUAUGAUGGGGACCUUAGCUAGAAGGAAAUUA